AUGGCGGCUGCCCAUUCCAUCGAAGAGCCGAAUUUAUCCGACCCUGACCAAGCUGAUGUGGUGCCGGACGCGACUCCUCAGUCCAGAUCCCCGAGUCCACGUCGGAGGCAAUUUGAUGGAUCACUAAGAGCUCACUCUGCCACCAAGUCGGGAGAAAACAAGCUGAGGCCAGCUGGAGACAUCAUCAACCGGAUUAUCUGGGAUGCUCAAUUUGAGCGCAGCAACUAUAUUGUCGGGUUCUUGGAUAGAUUUGAAGGUCAACUUGAGGUUGGGCUUGGGACCUGGAAGAAAGAAACGACCGAUGAAGAAUUUAUUCCACAGCAUCGUGUUUUAUACAUUCGGCAUAUUGACGGAGAGAUUGUCUGGGACCGACGACGCCGCAUAGACAAAAUCUUUUCGAGCGGGAAUUCGGCGUUUAGCGAAUUGGCAUUCCUCGCUUGA